ACAGAAGCCCGAAUACGAAAAAACGCCGAUCGGAUGGAAACGACGAAACUAUGCAACCAUCAUUUAGUGGGCAGCAACAUCAUGAUGUUCCAGAACCAGAACCGUCAACGAGUGGUCAACAAAUCGAACAUGAGCUGGAUAUGGUACCAUCUAUUCCAUCAUUGGAGUCAAUUCCGUCAACAGAUCAACCACAGGGUCCCCAUAAUAUUGAGAAGUUUAAUACCAUUGCUGAAACAUUGAGUUUAUCGCCAAUCUCAUCUAGAAACAUGAUAAGUAUGGAAUAUCGCAUAAACAAAUCAUUGCAGAUUACGAAAGCAGUUCGAAAAAAUAUCUUCGGAAUAGAUUCAACGGAUGUUGGCAAAGUGGAGGCGUAUGACGAGAUAAUUAUGCAGUUAAAGGAUAAGUUCAAUCACCCUACAACUGACAGAAGCGAACAGAUUAAAAUACUAUCUGUACUUCCUAAGUCUUGGUCGGUAAAUAAAAUCACAAGAGAGUUUAACGCACCAAUGUAUAUGGCGAGGCAGGUGAAGGAUCUUGUUUAUGAACAGGGUAUUCUUUGUACCACCGAAAAAAGAAGGGGGCAUGGUAUUGAUGACGAUACAAAACAAAUAGUAAGAGAAUUUUUUGAUGAUAAUGAUAUCAGCAGGCCAAUGCCAGGAACAAAUGAUUUUGUUUCUGAGGUUCGAAGUGGAAAAAAACAACAAGUUCAAAAACGACUUUUGAUGAUGUCGCUCAAAGAGGCUAAUAUGAUUUUUGUAGAUAUGUACAAAACUGUGAAUAUUGGUUUCACAGUAUUUACACAGUUGCGACCAAAGCAUUGUAUUUUACUUGAUUCUACUGGUAUACAUAAUGUAUGCAUAUGUACUAUUCAUGAAAAUGUAAAUUUAAUGUUCAACAGUAUAAGAAUUGUGUCACAAGAUGAAAUAUUACAAAAAAUGCUUUGCGAUAUUUCCACCAGAACAGAUAAUUGCUUUUUCCGUGCUUGUGAAAAGUGUGCUUGUAAUGAACACAUUGAAGAUAAACUUACAUUGAUAUUAGAAUCAAAUGACAAAGAAGAGAUUAUAUUUCAGCAGUGGUUGAAUACUGAUCGCUGUAAUUUAGAAACGAUUAUUAAACCUGUUGAUGAAUUUUUUCCGUAUCUUGUUGAUAAAAUUGACAAACUUAUAACACACGACUUUAUUCAUAAACAACAAUCAUCAUUUCUCAGAAAUAAAAAAGAUACAUUAAAGGAUGAUGAAAUUCUUGCGAUUUGUGAUUUCUCUGAAAACUAUUCAUUCAUAAUUCAAAACGCUGCUCAAGGAUAUCAUUGGAACAACUCGCAAGCAACAAUACACCCAUUUGAAAUUUACUAUAUGAAAGAUAAUAAACUUGUAAAUGUUAGCUUCAUUAUCAUAUCGGAAGUAAUGGCUCACGAUACAGUUGCGGUCCAGUUGUUCAUCUCAAAAAUGAUAGAUUUUAUGAAACAAUUAACGAACUUUUCUAAAAUUUAUUUUAUGUCUGAUGGGACAGCAUCACAAUACAAAAAUUGAGACGGGCUUGGUGGUCUAGUGGCUACCGCUUCUGAUUCGUAUGCAGAAGGUCAUGGGUUCAAUCCCUGGCCCGUCCUUUUCAUCCUACUUUGUAUCUUUCUAUCCACUUUCUCUGGCUCUCUCUUCUCUACAUAUACAACUCAUGUAUAUUCAUAUGUUCAUAGCCAUCGCUAGAACCAGAAACGAAUUGAAAAAAAAAGUCGUUUCCCUCCCUUCCAACUUCCACUCACAGCACAUUGUAUAUAUAACGCCUAUAAGUUAUGCAACCAAAGCGUGCUGUGCCGCUUGACCUUAUUCACCUUAUUCACCACACAAUCUAUCCCGAACACUAUAAAUAACCCUAUCCAUGGAUCGCAUCACCGACCCAACGGUGACUCCUAGAUCUCCCAUCCUUUCCAUCUAACAAAUACCCCAGUCCGUGCGGGUUGUGGGGACGCAGAGUGCUCUCGGUCUCUAGUAGCAACAACCAGUACACUCUAACAUUCCUUUCCCUUCCCAGCUGACUAUAAGGACUUGGCCGGCGCCGUUAUUGAUCAAAUAUGCAUGAGCUGCUAAAAUUGCACUUUGAGAAUAAGUGGAAUAUCCCAGCCCCUUAUUCAGUUGGAUCUCAGUGCAACUGGUACCAGUUCAGAUCAAUCACGGAGGAGCAACCAUUGACAUGUAUAGUCAGAAUUGAUCGUUGAUCGU